AUGCUGACUUCGUCCUCGCCCACCAUCUCCGCGCCGUCCUCGCCCUCGACCUCGUUCCACGCCGCCCACGCCCACUCGCACUCGCACUCGCACUCACACCCGCACCCGCACCCGCACCGCUCGUCGUACCAUGCCUCGCGCCGCACCUCUGCCUCGUCCUCGUCCUGCGCCCCCUCUCCCCGCUUCACCGUGAGCACCCAGGCACCGCGCCGCUUCGACACCCCCCACACCCCCAAAGCCGUCCCGCUGUUCUCCCCUUCGCCCCAGGGCACCAAGCGCGCCUACGCCGACGCCGCCACCCAAUACUCGCCCGCUGGGUUCCCCCCCACCUACCACCUGCCCCCGCACUCGGCUGCACACCAGACUGCCCCCGCUUCUCUCACCGCCCCCGCCAUCGUGGAUACCCGCCAGCCUGCGGGAGCCGCCUCUGCUGCGACUGCCGCCACAGAACCCCCUGCGCCGUCUGAGCCUGCGCUGCCCCUGGACCCCGAGCCUGCCACAGCACAGCAGCACCAGCUCCAGCACCAGCACCAGCAGCACCAGCUCCACCAACAUGCCCAGCCCCAGAGCGCAAGGACGCCAGGGGAGCCUCCGCGCGAGGAACAGCAGCAGCAGCAGCAGCAGCAGCGCGUGCUACCCACCGAUGCAGCCGCGGCUUCGACCAACGAGGUGCCCUCAUCCCCCGCCAAACGGCUGCGGCCGCCAGAAGCAAACGUCAAGGUCUUGCCGCUCAAGUACGAGACGUGCGACGCCAAGGACCUGGGCGUGCUCAUCUCCGACAUGCUCAUGGAACUCGUGCAUCUAAACGACGGCUAUCCGCUCCGCGACGGCCAGCUGACGAGAUUCCACUCGAGAGCUCCGCCAGGCAUAUCGGUCCGCGAUUACCUGCUCCGCCUCAUCGUCCACGCUACGCUCUCUCCGCCGAUUCUGCUCGCCAUGGUCUUCUACGUCGACAAGCUGUGCGCUACCUACCCAGCCUUCACCAUCAGUAGCCUGACUGUACAUCGCUUUCUCAUAACAGCCGCAACGGUAGCUGCAAAAGGUCUCUCCGACAGCUUCUGGACCAACACGCUCUACGCAAGAGUAGGCGGUGUUAGUGUAAGGGAGCUGGCGCUUCUCGAGCUAGAGUUUCUCAGGAAGCUAGACUGGCGCAUUGUGCCAAAGCCAGAGGUCUUGGUCGACUACUACAAAGGCUUGGUAGAACGAGGCCAUGGAUACACCAUGGAAAAGGAGCCCGAGUCCGCUCCGCCUACCAGCCUCCAACGAGUAACAAGCCCAACAGGGUCAGCAACCGGCAUACACACGAGCCUAUAA